UUUCCAGAAUGUAUGAGAGACAAUGGGGGGAUCCGGGAUAGGUUCAACUCCGAGUAUGGAUCCAGUAGAGAGGAUGGUUGGAGAGGAGGGGGGCAAACAAGACCAGGAGCAAGAGUCAGGAAUUGGAUUUGAUGAUGAAUCUCCCCUUGAACCAAGAUGGCGGGGGGUCUUUACUUUUCAUCCAGAGCAAACUCCUGAAGGAGAGUCUGGGAUAGAACACAAUCUAGAGCUUAUACAAGUAAAUAGUGUUCCCCGGAAGGACGGCAAACCUAGUGGAUUUAAUUGGAACCCAGGUUCAUACAUUCUUUUAUUCUGCAUGUUCAUUUGUUCGUUUGUUCAUUUGUUCGUUUGAUCAUUUGGUCAUUUGUUCAUCUGUUC